ACGGAGACGCCAGGAACGCGCAUCGCUCCGCAGAUCAGAACGGGAAUGGAAGCGGGAGAGAAACGGGAGGCUCGCUCGUCUCGUCUUCACCCAGAAAUAUAAGCGGUCGUCACGGGCAGCGAACCCCCGGUUGAGGCUGGAGUGCUUCUGGGAUUGUGUCUCUGGAUUUGCGCAACACACCAGCGGCUUUUCCCCAUUGUUACCGUUUCCUUCGGACAAGACAGAAGCCGCAGGAGCGUCGGCUGGUUUGCGACAAUUGAUUGAGGACCCUUUCCAUUCAGAAAUCAGCUUGGCACUGCCACAGGACCAAAGAUGGAGCAGUUUUCAGAUGACGAGCUGGAUCACGCUGCGGAGGAGGACAGUGAUAAAGAGGACCAGGACCUGGACAAAAUGUUUGGAGCUUGGCUUGGAGAGCUGGACAAACUGACAAAGAGUCUGGAUGAUGGGAGACCAGAGAAGGUGCAGAAAGCUCCUCUCAGACAAGAUUCAAACAUGGCCAACAUGGCCUACCGCUUCUCCGUUUAUAACAUCAAUGAGGCUCUGAAUCAGGGGGACGCAGUGGAUCUGGACGCUCUGAUGGCGGAUCUCUGCUCUAUUGAACAGGAGCUUAGCACCAUCGGCAAACCCAGCAGCUCUUCCUCUCGCCUUGGCCUAACUGGAGAAGCAAAGCUCCGUCAGAAACCCCCAGCGGGCCGCAGUCACAGCACCAAACACACGGGGGGCAGCAGCAGCAGUGGUGGGAGCACCAGCAGCAGCACCCGCGCUUCACCUGCGUCCACCGUCAGACUGAGCAGCUCCAGCAGCAGCAGACCCCCGUUGGCUUCCAACUUCUCUCUGGAUGACAUUACAGCCCAGCUGGAGAAAGCCUCCCAAAGCAUGGAUGAAGCAGCCCGGCAGGGCUCCACACCCUCAGUGGCGUACUCUUCCUCCACCGUGCGGCGACCGGCCUCUCACCAUCAUCAUCAUCGCAGGACAGGCUCUGUUGGGACGGUUACAGAGCAUGAGGUGCGCUCGUUUGUCCAUUCCUCUCGCGCUAGCAUUAACUCGGCCUCUGCGUCCAGCAUGGACUCGCUGGAUAUCGAUAAACCCUCGUCAGAUCAGGAUGGGGUACAGGACGGACUGGGCCAGCCAAGUACAGAGCACUCGUAUCUGGACAGGGAGACCUCUCUCAUUCUGAAAAGCAUUGCAGGAAAGCCCUCUCACUUGCUGACCAAGGAGGAACAAGCUGCCAAACAAAAAGCUGAGAAGAUUCGAGUGGCUCUAGAGAAGAUCAAGGAAGCACAGGUUAAAAAGCUGGUAGUCCGGGUGCAUCUAUCAGAUGAAAGCUCUAAGACUAUGAUGGUGGAUGAAAGACAGACGGUGCGUCAGGUGCUGGACAGCCUGCUGGACAAAUCUCACUGUGGGUACAGUCUGGACUGGUCUCUGGUAGAGAUCAUCACUGAACUCCAGAUGGAGAGAAUCUUUGAAGAUCAUGAGAAUCUGGUGGAGAACUUGUUGAACUGGACGAGGGACAGCACCAACAGACUGAUGUUCAUUGAACGAAUUGAGAAAUAUGCGCUGUUUAAGAACCCUCAGAACUAUUUGCUAGGGCGUAAGGAGACGUGUGAGAUGGCGGACAGGAAUAAAGAGGCUCUGCUGGAGGAGUGUUUUGGUGGAAGCACUAUCAGCGUGCCUGAGAUAGAAGGGGUGCUCUGGCUCAAAGACGACGGCAAGAAAUCCUGGAAAAAACGCUACUUCUUGUUACGAGCCUCUGGGAUUUAUUACGUGCCAAAGGGUAAAGCCAAGGCCUCCAGGGACCUGGUUUGCUUCCUGCAGCUGGAUCAUGUUAAUGUGUACUUGGGUCAGGACUACCGCAGCAAAUACAAAGCCCCCACUGACUACUGCAUGGUCUUGAAGCAUCCUCAGAUUCAGAAGAAAUCACAAUACAUCAAGUACCUGUGCUGUGAUGAUGUCAGAAUGCUGCAUCAGUGGGUCAACGGAAUACGCAUUGCCAAGUAUGGGAAGCAGUUGUAUGUGAACUACCAGGAAGCUAUGAGACGCACAGAGGCUGCACAUGAUUGGUCUUCUCUGUCCAGCUCCAGUAUUAAAUCUUGUUCCAGUUCCUCAAGUCUACCAGAAUCUCAGUCUAACCACUCUAGCCAGUCAGACAGUGGUGUGUCGGAGACCACAUCCUCUGGUCAUGUGCGCUCUCAGAGUGUGGUCAGCUCUAUCUUCUCCGAGGCCUGGAAGAGAGGCAAUCAAGCAGAUGAACCCAAGAUGAGAAUUGAUGGCCCACCAGCACAGCCUGCAAGAGCCUCUUACCCUCUGCAACUCCCCCCACUGCCCCAGUCUUUGCAGUCUCGGAGCAGCUACAGCGGAGUGUCCCCAGCAUCACCUUCUUCACCCCCAUCUCCACCACCACCGCCUCCACCACCUCCACUUCCCAACCCCACACACCACUCAACCCCAGUUGUGUUCACUAAAUACAGCACCCUUGCAAGGCUGCAAAACAUCUCCCAGGCUCCGAAUCAUUACAAACAAACACCGUUAUUAGCAGCACAGCAACAAACCACGCCCCCUGUGCCACCCCCACAGUCUCUCAAACCUCUUAUGAAUAACACAGCAGAAGUUGACAGCAGUCCUCCUCCAGCCCCCCCACCACCUCCUCCAGAAAUGCCAGUGCCAGGAUCAGCCAUGGCAGUGUUAAAGCAUGCCCCCGUCAGCCCCCAGUACACUCCCCCUCCACCUCCAGAGGAAGACCCAUCUUAUCUACAAAGUAAUGGAUAUUUGCCUCCACCCCGCACCCCAGAACAGUUAAAAUACCCACCUCCCCUCAGUACCAAUGGGCUCCAACAAUUCUUAGCUCAGAAGUUCCCCAAUAUGACCUACGACUUCUCACCUGUGCAGCAAGAUGAAGAACCUCCGCCUCCUCCAGUGUGUUUCUCUCCACCACCUCAGAUGUCAGGCCCACCUGCUCCACCUAAAACAUUUACUGGUGGGUUUCCACCCCAAACAGCUCCAAAGCCAGGCCAUGGUAUUUCCCCCAUUUCCCCUGUGCCACCUUCUCUUUCUCCAACCCCUUCUUUGAUGAAGAAACAGCAGAGCCUCUCCAGUGGGCACAGUCCCAAUCAACCGCCCCCCCUUCCCAAACAAUAUAGCCUUUCUUCCAAAGCUUCAUCUGUAUCUGCUCCCAUCUCUCCAACCCAGUCACUUGUAAAACAGAUUGUAAACCAUUCCCCGCCCCGAUACCCUGAUGGAUCCAAAGGUCCCAUAUCUCCCCCUGUGGUAAAAAACAAGCCAAAAUGGCAACCAGGAGGGCAGGCACAACCACAGUCUCCUGAAUUUCCUCCACCUCCUCCAGAGAGUACCCUUGAAUUUCCUCCUCCACCUGCUCCAAGUCCUCCUCCUGCUUCACGUCCUCCUGGUAAAUCUGGAUCACCAAUCAAAAAGUCCCCAUCAACAUCGUCAAAUUCUUCUACUGGUUCAGGAGGAAAGAAGCCCCCUCCAACGCCACAGCGCAAUUCUAGCAUGAAGGCCACUUCUUCUGUUGAGUACCAAGAGUCCAAGAAAGUGGAGGAUCUGGUCAGCAUGUUUGGCCAAACAAGUCAAGCCCCACCCAGCUCCUUCUCAACUCCAUCCUCUACAGGAUCACCUUCCAAGGACUCUUCGGGCACUAACAAACCAGGCAAGAUCAACUUGGCUAAUCUGCCUCUGGCUCUACAGGGGAGGCAAAGUCAGUGUCGCCAAUCGAGCGCAGACUUUCCAUCUCCUCCUAUGGAUUGUGACUUUCCCCCUCCACCGCCAGACUCUGAACUCCUGCCUCCACCCCCUCUCCCAUCGGAACUGCACAUUGGGGCUCCCAAAGUAGCUGUGGUGAAUCCACAACCCCAACACUCCUCCAGCUCCACAUCCUCAUGGAAGCAGAGCUCCUUGAAGAAAAUGCCCCCUCCUACUAUGCACCGCCGCAGCAGUGGCCCACCUGAGCAGCUAGCUCUUUCUCCACCUCCUCAACAGAUGCCUCUGUCCUCUUUUAACUCUCAGAUCCCACCCACGUCUCCCAAGGCAAAUCUUUCCAUGCAGCCCAACUUCCUGGAAGACCUCAACAGAACUCUCAAAAGAAAGUCCAUGACUCGUCAUGGUUCCCUCACCUCCUCUCGAAUCUCAGCCAAGCUGGAGCCUGUAGCCACAAUGGACGAUAUGGCCCUUCCACCCCCUCCUCCAGAGCUGCUGCUGGGCCAGCAGAAAAAGGGUGGAUACAUGAGCGCCAACAUCUCAGGCUAUGCAACAUUACGGCGGGGUCCCCCUCCUGCUCCACCCAAACGGGACCAAAACACUAAACUGACAAGCGAGUGGUAGUUGGACAUGUGCCGAGUAUGAAUAUGUGACUCUCCUUUUCCACUCUGUCUUCAGUGACUGAAAAAUCUGCAUUAAAAUAAUACUCAUUUUAACUCCAGAUUAUAACCACGAUAUGAAAAAGCCAAACCAUCUAUAACAUAAGCUUCUCUGCGUGUUUGUGCCGCUUUGCUAUUAAGUGUAGCAGAUCUAAAAAAAAAAAAAAAAUACUGAGAAAAAGAGACUGACGUCGUUAUUAUAGGUACUGCAUGGACACUGCUGUGAGGAAGGGGAUAAUGUAUAUGUAUUAUAAAAUAUAUAUGUGGAACUCUGGGGCGGGAGGGAACUUGUACUUUUUUAUAUGAAAUUAUUUAAUACCUGAAAUAUAUUCUUAUUUUAAAGUUUAGUUUUGAAAACCCUUGACUGUAAACGUUAAACGUUGAUAGAAAAUCAGGGUUGCUGAACCGAUGCUUGUGUGUGUGUGUGUGCGCGCAUUUUAUCUGAGUGAUUUGGUUGAUCCACUCUCAGACAAAUGGCGAGGGGCAGGCAAUUACGCCACCCUUGCUCAUAGUGCAGAUCCCAAUGUGGGAGUUGCACUUGUGUAGCAUACAUUCUAAAUGAAGUAUUCUACCAAAUUUUCCAGAUUUAAUUUAAAUGAUUUAGAACCUUUCACUGAAAUGUGGAGAAAGAAAAACCGCUACCAUUGUUAUUGAUGAAUCUGUUAUGUUGUGUCAUUGUGGACCCUUACUUUUUCAUGAAGAUGUCCAAAUGUUAGCCAGUGAAAAUGAGCCUGUUACCACAUGAGUGUGUAGCUGGCCUGUGUCUGGGAUGAGAUGUGCUGUCUGUUUAUGUUUGUUACAUUGCUAUCUAUCUGUACAUACAGCUGCAGUUCCUGACUUUAUCAAUGUGCGUUAGCUCUGCAUGGGUGAAACACACAAUAGGAAGUGAUGUCGUUCUCCUUAUUUUGACCUGUCUUUAUUCAGUGCUGUAUUAAAGUGUCACAUAUCUGGAACAUCUAUCUUUCAUGUUUCGGCAAUGCCAAAAUGUAUUGACAUUAGCAUGCAUGCUUCCACAGUAUGGUUGCCUAAGAUUGCACACUUUGUAGGGUUUAGGAUCAUAGCCACAAAAUAAAAGGUGUCAUGUCAAGUUUACUUGACGUACAAUGCAAAAAAUUCACUGUGUGCCUACUGUCAUUGUCGUCCAUCUAGCAAACUUGAAUACGUCUGCUGAGAAAAUGUGUACUUUAUGGAUUUGCAUUUCCAAAGGCUAAUUAAAAUGUAGGAACAGACGGAAGAGUACAGAGCUAAUGCUGCUUCUUAAAGUCAGGAACCUUUAGUUAAAUAAGUGGGGAAGUAAAUGUCUGUUACAUAUAAACUGAACAAUAUAGUUGUGUAAAUCACAGAA